AAAAGAGAGUGAAAAGCCUCUCACAUGUAAGAGAGCAGGAAAGGAAGAGCACACCAUUUCCUUUUUAGCGGCUUUUAAAUGUAAUUCUCAGUCGCAGGGGGCAGAGCCCACUUCAGUGAGACCUCCUUCCCAAAACUGCCGGGAUCUACUUCCACCCUGAGCAAAGCAAGCGCCUUCGCAACGGAGGAAAAGCCUCCCAGCUGCCUCCAGCGGCGCAGGAAUAGACAUGUCCACGGGGAAGAUCUGUUGUCUGGUGCUGCUGACCCUGGGGGUGCUGGCAGUGGUGGUUGUGCUCGUGGUCAUCCUGACUCAACCCAAGUGUGGUCCUCAGCGAUACCUGCACGGUGCUGUGGCUGCUGACACCGAGACCUGCUCUGUCAUCGGACGGGACAUCCUGAAAAGCGGAGGCACAGCUGUGGAUGCUGCCAUCGCUGGCUUGAUCUGCACCUCGGUGAUGAACCCUCAGAGUUCAGGCCUGGGUGGUGGGGUUGUAUUUACCAUCUAUAACGCCAGCACAGGAACAGUCGAGGUGAUCAAUGCCCGCGAGACAGUCCCACAAGUGUUUCCACAUGAUUUGUUGUCUGGCUGUGGUGGUGGUUUCCCCAUUGGUUCCCGCUGGAUUGCUGUACCAGGAGAACUUCGUGGGUAUGAAGAAGCCCAUAAGAGAUAUGGCCGCUUACCAUGGAAAGCCCUGUUUGAACCAACCAUCAAGCUCCUUUCAGAGCCACUUGCCAUUUCCCCAGUUAUGGACAAAAUGAUCCAUCACCCAAUCUUUCCCAAGUCAGGAAAAAGCCUGUGCCCGCUGAUAUGUGAUGGUCAAAGGUUUUUGAAGCAUGGAGAGACCUUCAGGUGGCCAGCACUGCAGCGAACACUGAGAGCCGUAGCAGAAAACGGAGCUACAGCGUUUUAUGAGGGACAAAUAGGAGAGGCCCUGGUGGAGGACAUUAGGAAGGCUGGGUCCAAUAUCUCACUGGAGGACCUUCGGGCAUACAAAGCAGAGGUGUCCUCAGCUCUGAACGUUACCCUGAACAAUCACACCACAGUGUUUUCUCCUGGACCACCCAUGGGAGGUGCUGUGCUCAUGUUCAUCCUCAAGAUAUUAGAAGAGUAUAAACUCCAUGAAGCAUCAUUGGAGACACCCAAGGAUAAAGUGGAAGCCUACCAUCACAUUGCAGAGGCCCUGAAGUUUGGCAAUAUGCUGAAGCCCCUUAUGAGUGACCCAGCCUUCUCCAAAGCGCAGGUGACAGUGGGGACCAUGCUGUCUGACAAAAUUGCUGAGCUUGUUAGACAACGAAUAGAUGCCCGUGGUGACCAUCCACUCAACCAUUACAACUUGUUAGACUCCAUCUACAACCAGCGAUACAAAAGUAUGGGCACAAGCCACAUCUCUGUGCUCGCUGCAGAUGGCAGUGCUGUGUCCGCCACCAGCACCAUCAACUUCCCGUUUGGCUCCUUUGUGUAUUCUAACCAAACCGGGAUCAUUUUAAAUAACGAACUCGCUGAUUUCUGCAUAGCAAACAGAAGCAUUAAACCAGGAGAGAAGCCUCCCUCAGCAAUGGUGCCUUCCAUUCUCAUCUCCAAGACAGGAGACAUGCUGGUGAUCGGAGGAGCGGGUGGGGCCUGGAUUAUCAGUGCUACUGCUAUGGCGAUUAUAAACAAGCUGUGGUUUGGCUACGACUUGGAACAUGCUAUUUCAGCUCCCAUCAUGCAUACUGACGGUGACAAUAUCAUGUUUGAGGAUCAUUUCAGUGAGGAGGUUAGGCACAGCCUGCUGGGAAGAGGACAUAAAGAAAAGAAACCUACAUUUGCAAUGAAUGUUGUGCAGGGAAUUUCCAAGGAAGGAAAAUGCAUCUCUGCUUACUCUGAUAAAAGGAAGCUGGGGAAGUCAGCUGGAUAUUAGCAUGACAUGCCAUCACAACACCAGAGGAGACAACUAGAUUCAGAACAUGCUUUGGCUUGGACAUGCCAAUAUUGCCUGUUCCCAUCAGGAUGCCUCCUAGAGUACGGGCAGAACUUGCGAAGUCACCCUCAGGCAAUAAAAGGACAGGUCAGCCAGCCUUGUUUAAAGCUAUACCCUUCAUUACUUAUGCGACAUAUGGAAAAAACAUAUUUCUUGAGCACGUCAGCUAUUCAGGAUAAGACAAUACAAAGUGGGAAAGGAAAAUUGGUCCAAAACCCACCAUGAAAUGACCCAGCUGUUAUCUUCCGUUCUUGCUGGAGAGUCUCAGCUAAGAGCGGAAUUGGUUCUUUUCUGUGUCUGUUGCCACAAUAAGCUUAUUAUUACUGGGGCUCAGCAAUGCGAAAUAAGGAACUAUUUUGGUUAUGAGGAUUACAAGGACCUGUAGGGUCAGCAUUUUAAAAUCUUAAGCAUCCAGGCUUAGAGGGUGGGUUGGAAAAGGGAAGGGAGCAAAACUCCACACUCUCCCUCUUGUUUUUCCCAUCCAAAGAAGCCCUUCUUUUCCCAAAAGUGGCAGAUGACAGCAGCACAUCAUAGCACAAGUCUGCUGCCCUACCACCCUCUGCCUUGGGGAUGCAGAGGACCCCACAAGCUCAGAGUAACUGUGCCGAAGCUUCCUUGAACCCUGCACAUGGGUGAUUUUGAGAAUAAGCCUCCCAUGGAGCAAUGUGAAUUCCCUGCUCCUGGGACGGACAGGCUUCAGCUUAGUGGCUUCAGCUUAGUUCCCCAGGUGCAUCUCUCCCUGUGGCGAGAGGAGUCCCAAUCUGUGCCAGUUCUCCUUCCUCAAUGCCAGCAGAAGAUAAGUCAUUUGGGGAGGCAGGUGAGGAUUGCGGUGGAAGACGUGUUGGUUUUGGAAGCUUUAUAAACUUUCUUCAAAAAGCAAAGGAUCAGAAGGCUUCAUUUGUAGCCAUGAGCUCAGCCUGGCCACGCAAACACCAGGACUGCAGAGACGUGAUGCAGCACUAUCAGGCAUUAGCAGAAUACUUUCCUCCUAUAGCUUAAGAACAUGCUCCAACUCCCUGUUUACCACAGUUCGUCUCUAGUGUUCCCUUAAGAUCACAAGGAGGAAACUGUAGGACUACUUAAGAACUAGCACAGAGAGAAAAAACUUCUGGAGGAGAGACCUGAAAUCAUGCACCUGGACACAAAAGGUCUUUUUUAGUUAUGCCAUAACCUUGCCCUGCUCAAAAUAGCCAGGAGAAUCAAACAUUCAGAAAAAAAAGAACCCAACCCAAACAACGAAACCCCCAAAGCUCUUCUUAAACACCCAAGGGCAAGUUCCCAUGAUCCCCAACGACUCCAUUUUCUGAAAGCUUUUGAGCUGCACUUCCCUAUGGGCACAGACAGUAUUGUGUGUUUCUGAAAGCAAAGCCAAACCAGAGCAAGGCGCUAUCGGAGCCCUCCCCCUCGCAUGUUAGUUCAUAGCGCACACACAGCCCAUGGUACUCUCAGUACACAAAUAAAAUCCCUCUGUAAACACCAUAACAAGUAUUUGAGCACACACUAUUAAAAAACAAACCAAAACAAGGCCAUCCACACACACCCUUGCAAACAAGGCCAGAUAGGCUUUAAGUCUACGUUCUUACCCAGGAAGUCUGUCCAAUAAAGCCAUCAGCUUGUUAAAAUCUCAGCCUUCACUUGCGUUUUAAUGAUGGUCUGAGUGAAGCUGACUAGAGCCAGACAUAUGUUUUCAUUCAGAAAUUGUACACUAAGGACUGUAGUGUGACCGCAGCUGUAUCAGAGCUUAAUGAAAAAGUAUUUCUAAGUUACCGGAUCGUAACCGCAAGCACUUAAUCAUGUAUCUGGAAGACAAGUUACUUACGUAUAGAGCCAGCUCCGUGCACUUCCUCAUCCAAAUGGCACUUAUCUUAGAUCACCUAGUUCAGGAAGGACUACUGUUUUCUCCAUCAGAGCUGCUUACUCAUUACAGUACUGCUGAAUGUGAACAGAGACAGGGAAUAGGCCUAAAGUUUGAUGGGGGGGCAGUAUUUAUGUUCAUUUGGAAGGAGUUAGACUGGGGUUUUUUGGUAAUCAUAUUCAAUCUACAUCAUUUGCUGAAGUUUUCUACUUUCAUUAACUCCUGUACCUCAGCUACCAGUUCCUGGGUGCAUUGGUUCUAGUGUCAGAAGUAACACCCCAACUACAGAGUUGUCACAGGGGAAGCACUUAUGGGCACCAGACACCGUCUGUGGCUCACAUUUCAGGACCAGACGGACUAACUAGACCGGAUGCUGGCUUUAGCAAGAUCUGUAGUUAUUUCUAGCAAGCCCAACUGAGCUUCGAGAAGCAACCACAAAUGGCACUGGCUGGAGACAGGGAGAGCAGUUCUUGCUUCCCUGUUAGGCUUCAGGGCACCCUUCAGCAGCACCCUGGGCCAUACUCUAUUAUGUGUCGCUAUCAGAAAAACCGAGUCACCAAGCCUCAAAUUACCUUCACUUCUGACAUACCCUAGGGUAAAGCACACCUCAGUAAUCCACUCCAUCACCUUUCCAGUGCAGUAGUAUCACAGCUACUUCCCACCACGAAGACACGGGAGUAUUAUCUGUAGUCCAGCGCUCACUGCAAUUUAACAGCUUUGCUACUAACAUUGAAACUGAGCCAAUUAAGCAGUUUUAAAGGCCCUCACAGCUUUAAUUUGCAAGACAGAAAGAAAUGAGAGUGCAGAUCUCUCACUAUGGGAGAGACUUCGAGUCCUGUAGGCCUCACUAGCAAAACAUCUGGUGAAGCGGAGGGGUUGUACCUCCCGUAGCUCCUCUGCGCUUGCCCUGAGAGCUCCUCACCACUGCUGAAAUUUGCUUGUGUCAAGACCUUCCAGUUUUGUCCAUCCCCAUUCAUGCUCAGGCCAACAGGAGAGUAUUAUUUUUGUACUUUUGGACUUUUAAAGCAUCACUGUACAGAGUCUGCUCUAUUUUCUAAUGAAAUCUUUAAAUUAUAUUUUUAAUAAAGUGUUUUUAAACCUG